AGCUACGAACAGACCAGCUUCCCGUCCUCGCGCAGAAUUCCCUCUCCUUCGCCGGUCUACGAGCGAGGAGCGAGUGAACGGCACAACCUCUCUCGACCACGACAGGCCGACGACAUCAGAUAGCGAAGCCGCCCUGUUGUCCCGCCGCCCGCCUCGCUGCCCGCGUCGAAACUGCUGAAUCUGGAAAAUCCACGAAUGGAGGGUGCCGUGACGGAGAAUGCAGCGGUGCCCGUGGCAGCGGCGGCCCCGGAAGCCGCUCUCCACUCGGAUCAGCGCGUGGAGAGUGGUGCGGUGGUGGAGGACUCUGCGGCGUCCACGGUGGCUCCAGAGUCAACUUCUGACGCAGAUCAGGCUAUCGAGGAUGCAGUCCCGGAGGACGGGGUGGACGAGGAUACAGUGACAAAUGUUGAUGUCAGUCCUGAGGACAUGAGAAGCAUCAUUGAAGUUAUAGCUGACACUGGAAAGUUCUGGCAUGACUGGAGGUUCCUCAAGAGUGUACUGUCUAUUCAAUUGAAGCAGGUCUUGGAUGAAUAUUUUGAGGUUGAAAUGGUGAGCCAAAAUGAUGGGCAACAGAGGUCUUUCUCAGAGCUAUUUAGCCGGCUAAAUGGUGCACUCGAGAGGUUUGAAGAGGGUCCUCCAUUCACACUGCAAAGGCUUUGUGAGAUUUUGUUGGAUCCAAAAGGAACGUAUACAAAAUUAUCAAAGCUUGCAUUGGCCCUGGAGAAGAAUCUCCUAGUUACAUCUACAAUAACCAAGUGCACUGACCCAUAUCCAGCUGCUCAUGGGCUGCCAUGUUCGGAUUGCACACAAAUUACAGAAAUUUCUGGGCCUGCUGAUGUAGAGUCUGUGAGCACACCUGAGCACACAACAGCAGUACCAAAUGGAACAGAGCAUAUAGCAGGUGAUGUUGACGAAGAGAUGGCUGAUGCAGAAGCUGAGGAAUCAUCUGGUAGCCACGACGUAGAAAUGCAGGAGGACAAGCCUGAUCAGGUUGAUAAUGUUAAUUCUGAUGCUAAUCCUGGUGCUGCAGCUGCUCCUGAAGCAGUUAAUGCCAGUGAAUCCACAUCGCAGCCACAAAGUUGAGCUUGCUAGAAAAGAAAGCCAUAGAGCCAAGUUUCCAGUACAGCGGUCCAUUUAACAAUCUGCGUCUUGCUCACCAACUCUUGGGAUUCGCUUCCUCGCCUCCUCAAACAACCAGAAAGGGAAUGUGGAUUCAGAAGCUUACAGAAGUUUGCUGAUCAUACUAGACGGUGGUCAUGCCUGAAACACUUUAAACUUUCCAGGAAAUGCCUUACUCACAAAGGUCAUGGUAUGUUUUGAUCAAUUGUACCUUUGUUUCUGAGGCACCACAUCGGUUAGAAAGUCUCUGUACGGCUUUUGCGAAAAUCCAUGAAAGAUGAGUAAAACGAAUAUCUUCACUCAGUCUCUACUAGUCUACUGAACUUAUGAUGUAUCAUGAUUCAUGAGAAAGUGAAUUUCGUGCACGUCU